AUGCGUGAUUUUCUGAAGUGUGGGAAUUGUGGUGAGGUGUCAGAUAAAUGGCAGUACAUCACCUUACUGGACAGCAUGCCACUGAAAGGAGGACGAGGGAGUGCUAGCAUGGUGCAGAAGUGCAAACUGUGUUCUCGGGAAAACUCCAUAGCUAUCCUGAGGGACACAAUUACACCUUACAAUGCAGAAGACAGUGAAAGGUAUAAGACAAUUGUCCAGUUUGAGUGUCGAGGUCUGGAACCAGUCGAUUUUCAACCUCAGGCUGGUUUUGCCGCUAGAGGAGCAACAACAUCUACCCAGUUCCCUGAAAUCAACCUGCAAGAGAAGGACUGGACGGACUACGAUGAGAAGGCCAGUGAGUCUGUGGGGAUCUAUGAGGUCACACAUCAAUUCCUCAAGUGCUGAAAAAUGAAGAGGUCUGAUUGAA